UCCCGUGAGCGCUGUGUUUAUUACCGGCGGUAAGAUGGCGGAGGCCGGUAGUGAAAGCAGUAACGGUGGUAAUAAUGUUGGUGCUUCUCCAACCAUAAGAUGUAUUCAGAAAGUCAGGUUUUGGCUGGCCUGGUCCUGGACGUAUUUGUGGCUUGUGUGGUUCAUCAUGCUGUUGUGCGUACUCUACGUACUGAGGACUCCGUUGAAGAUCCAGGAGAAUCUGACAGCAGUUGCAGUAUUUGUGAACACUCUGACUCCGAAGUUUUAUGUGGCGCUAACAGGAACAUCUUCUCUCAUAUCAGGUUUGAUUCUGAUAUUCGAGUGGUGGUAUUUCCAGAAGUAUGGCGCCUCCUUCAUAGAGCAGGUCUCUGUGAGCCACUUGAGGCCCCUGUUAGGUGGUUUGGAAAGCACCUCGUCUGCAGGUUUGUUCACGUCUGUCAAUGGGGAGACGGAUUCCACUAGGCCUAGUGUAUCCGAGUGCAAGGUAUGGCGAAACCCGCUAAAUCUUUUCAGAGGUGCUGAGUAUAACAGGUAUACAUGGGUCACUGGAAAGGAGCCUUUAACCUACUAUGACAUGAACCUCUCUGCACAGGACCACCAGACUUUAUUCACAUGUGACAAUGACCAGCUUCAUCCAGCCGAAUCAGUUAUGCAGAAGGCAUGGAGAGAAAGGAACCCACAAGCCAGAAUCAAAGCUGCACAUCAGGCUAUUGAAAUUAGCAAUGAGUGUGCCACGGCAUAUGUUCUCCUGGCAGAAGAGGAGGCAACCACCAUAUCUGAGGCUGAGCGACUCUUAAAGCAGGCUUUAAAAUUGGGGGAAGUGAGCUACCGCCAGAGUCUGCUUCUUCAUCAGAGCCAAGGCUCACAGCAUGAAGCUCAGCACAGAAAGGACACAAAUGUGCUUGUGUACAUUAAAAGAAGAUUAGCCAUGUGUACCCGUAAAUUGGGGAGGAUCCGGGAGGCCGUGAAGAUGAUGAGAGAUUUAAUGAAGGAGUUUCCACCCCUGGGCAUGUUAAACGUACAUGAAAAUUUACUGGAGGCACUCCUUGAGCUGCAAGCGUAUGCUGAUGUCCAGGCUGUGCUCGCUAAAUAUGAUGAUAUCAGUUUGCCCAAAUCAGCUGCAAUAUGUUACACUGCAGCACUUCUUAAGGCACGAGCUGUCUCGGACAAGUUUUCUCCGGAGACAGCAUCCCGACGAGGGCUUAGCACUGCAGAAAUGAUGGCCGUUGAAGCCAUUCACAGAGCAGUGGAAUUCAACCCCCAUGUGCCAAAGUAUUUAUUAGAAAUGAAAAGUUUAAUACUACCCCCAGAACACAUUCUGAAGCGGGGGGACAGUGAGGCUGUGGCGUACUCCUUCUUCCACUUGCAGCACUGGAAAAGAGUCGAAGGGGCUUUGAACCUCCUGCACUGCACCUGGGAAGGCACUUUUAGGAUGAUACCUUAUCCAUUAGAGAAAGGACACCUCUUUUAUCCCUACCCUGGUUGCACAGAGAUGGCAGAUCGUGAGCUUCUCCCAGCGUUCCAUGAUGUUUCAGUGUACCCGAAGAAGGAGCUUCCCUUCUUCAUCCUCUUCACGGCCGGCCUGUCCUCUUUCACAGCAAUGCUGGCUCUUCUGACACAUCAGUUCCCAGAGCUAAUGGGUGUGUUUGUUAAAGCAUUCUUCAACACUCUCUUUGCACCCGUCCACUUUUUUGCAGAAAAGAUUGAAGGAUUUUUGCCAUCUGGUUUCUUGCCUCAGUUGACCAGAAUCUAAGCUCCUGCCCAGCUUCCCUCCCGUCACACUGUGGACUGAUGGAGUUGCCACAACACAAGGUCUUCUUCUGCAGGGAGGCUUCCCGCACCCAGGCUGGGGUGCCAUCGUCCACCUCAGCUUGUCCCAGAAAAUUGUCUGAGCAUCUAAGGGUUCAUCCUACUUAUUCUGAGUUAUGAGAAAUAAAGUGUGAAAGGCAGCGAUUGAUCAUCUAAGAGCUACGUUUGUCUGAACUUGUGUGUAACAAAAGGUUUGACUUGUUCUUUCUGUGCUGUUAAUGAUCUGGGAUUGACUUGUGGGAAUUCUAAGGUCCUUUUUAUAACAUUUACACUGUCGGUCAAAGUUUUAGAACACCUCAGUGUUUCCUCAAACGUUAAUCAGUUGAAAUGCAAUGAAUGACCUAAAAUGUUGAACACUUAAGCAGUACCAGAGGUUUAAAUUUAAAGUUUAGGUUAACGACAAUUCAAAGAAAGUAAAUUUCAGAAUAUUACGAAUGGGCCUUCUUUAGGGAACAACUCAUAAGUUAGAACCUACAGAUGUUCGGCAGCAAUUAAAGUCAGAGAAGCCUUGCAAGUUGAAGCAAACAAUUUGCACAGGUGUCCCAGUUGCUGUUGAUUACUUAAACCCCUCAGUCUGUCUUAAAGCAGAGUUGGAGUAAACUGUGUCACUGCACCCUCUGAAGUCCUACUUGGACAAUAUUCUAGUGAUAAUGGCAAGAAAACGACAAUUAACAAAUGAAAUGAGACAGAGCAUUAUUACCCUUACAAGUGUAGAAGUUCAUUUAGAGAAAUUGCAAAAAUAAAAUCCAAGCGUCAGUGAGGAGUGCAGUGGUGUCCUGCACACUCCAAAGGCGAUUGGAGACUCUGAUAGGAAGAGAUUGUGACUGUGCAGGUCCUGCUCCAUGCCCUCACUUCUCUUCUGGGAGCCUCUCGAACCCAAUACCGUCGGUAAUGUAACCGGAUGAGCUUGGCAAAUGGGAACAAAACGCGCCCAUAGCAAGGGGAUGGUGCAAGAGGUGCAAGUGCUUUUAUUACACACACACACACAAAAACAAUGUCCAAAAAGAAAGUGCAGUGCUUAAAUAAAUAUCUCUAUUAUAGUAAAAAAAAAUCUGGGGUCGAGACGUGAUCUUCUCGGAAAGACACUUUGACGUCCCGCGAGACUGGACUUUACAACCUUUGGAAGCAAGACCCGUGAGACGGUGACUUUUGGACGUCACGCCCAACUUACAAACAAUUUAAAACAAGAUCACAGACAUCUAACCUCGCAGUUGUUGGAGUGCUUUUGGCUGACACAAUUCAUGUGCUCCCAGCUCUUAAAAAUGUUAUACGUUCUAGAUGGUGCGUCAACGACUAAGCGAAGUAGAAAGAGCAGCUCUGUGCAAAUUCUGAAAAUAAGGAAAGUAAUAAUCAGCCCGGACCAAUCGGAAUUGAAAACCUCGUACAGUGGAACCUUGGGUCACGACUGUAAUUCAUUCCAAAACUCUGGUCGCAACCUGAUUUGGUCAUGACCCGAAGUAAUUUCCCUCAUAGGUAUGUAGAGAAAAGCCAAGCAAAAUGACACCUUUUAUUGGCUAACUAGAAAGAUUACAAUAUGCAAGCUUUCGAGGCAACUCAGGCCCCUUCUUCAGGCAAGAUGUAAAUGUAAAUACAAUGAAUCCGUUCCGGACCGUACGAGCUGUAUGUAAAUAUAUAUAUGCUCGCUCUCUCGCUCGCUGCACAGGGAGAGACUGAACACGUGCGGAAAUCAUCGGCGCGUACGAACCAGAAGGGAAACUGGCUUGUUCGUCACCCGAAUGUGUGGUCGUGAACAGAUGCAAAAGUUUGCCGAACUUUUUGGUCAUAACCCGAUUUGUACGUGGUGCGAGACGUUCGUGACCCGAGGUUCCACUGUAGGUCCAAUCGGGGUCAAAAAUAAAAGACUUCAUAAAGACGUUCAAAAACGUUGGCGCGAUACACAUGCAGAGCAGUUUAGAGAUUAUGAAAGUAGUAAAAUGAGAAAGUAAAGAUCGCAUUAGCACAAACAAAAGGAAAUUAUUACUCUGUGAAAGAACAGCGAAAAGAGAGCGAAUAUAUGGACAUAGGUGAUAUGACAGAAGAAUGUAGGUAUUGUAAGGCUUUAAAGUUUAACUCUUUGAGGGCUGAAUAUAUUUUUUCAAAAAACAUAGUUUCUGAAAAGCAAUGGUUUCACACAGACAUCAACGUAAAACGUCUGUUGCUGCAUGCUGCCAGUUUGCCAAGAAUGUGCGGCAGGCUUGCUGUUCACGGUCGCAGUGCAUCGCAAUCUGGUUUCUACCUCUUAUUGUUAAGUGGCAGUCCUCCUGGCAAACUUUGCUGUAGUCGUGUCAGCUACAUGAACCUGUUCAGCACCCUGAUUAGCUGGGGACCAGUCAGCUGAAGCUGGAACCUCACAUUCGUUUUCGAUCACUCGUAUCAAAAUCGGAGUCCGACAAGUCAUAGUCCAGUUCAGAGAUAAUAGGCAAAACUUCAUCCACGGAGUAUUUUGCUUUACCCAUUCGCUUUGAUCUCUCACCAUUAUGUCAGUGCCAUUUUUGCCAUUGUUUGCGCCUUGCUACUCACACGAGCGCCGGAAAUCUCCUUUCCUUCUAGCAACUAAAACAUAACGGUUGGUUUUGUCACGGUUUACAGUUGAUUACCAUCAUCAACUCCUCCUUUUGACAAAAGUCGACAUCAGCCCUGAAAGAGUUAAGUCAGAGACUUGUAGAUCGUCUAAUUCGUGUUGCAUCCCAAUGAAGAGGCGUAUCCGCGAGAAUUAAAAGAUUUGUUGUUUGGUGAAAGUGAAAUCCACAAACACUACAGGCAAAAUAUCCGAGUCUACAAUAAUCUUUUUGUAUUCGCAUCAAUCAAUGCUCAAACCGUAGAUUUAAACAGUAAUGGACCAUUCGCUAUGAAAAUCUGUGGUCCCACAACAAUUAAAGCAACAACAAGUUUAAUUUCGAACAAACCACAAUUCGGUCAGGGGUAUAUUUAUGAUCAAGGAGAAGCGAUGCAACAUAGAAUCGAAAGAGUAGGUAACAAUUCCCAUGAAAAUAACAAACUCUUUAAAUUGUAUAUCCGGUUAUCCAAACCCAGGGGGUGGAUGAGCAGGGGGCAGAGCCCCCUAGUAAUCCAUAAAAUCCGGUGUACUGUGGAGGUUAAAAAAAAAUCAAAGAAUUAUAUCCAUAAAACGAUGGUUUAAAACAGCAGGCUAGAAGCAGUCUCUUUUAAAAACCCGGUGCCUUCACCGUUCAUCUGACGGCUCCUCUGCUUACCCCUCUCAGGCCUGGCAGCAGAGGAGUCUCCCCUUUCAGCAGGUGCAGCUGCCUUAAAAGCUGGUCCAGUACCCUUCCGUCCCCUGGCUACGUAACGCCGGACCGAGACUCGAGUUCCCGAAUGACCAAGGCGCUCACUUUGGGUCUCUCCCUCCCAGGACUCCAUGACUCCCGCUGCCUUCCGCGGCAAGCCGUCCUCAUUCCUGGUCAUUCCUGGUCCUCUGAAUCAUUCGGCAGGGGUGACCCAAUCCAUCCACCCCCGAGUGCUGGCAAAACACCCCGCCAGGGCUCUCUUCCCAGCGGCCUGCCAUUACUCCAGUUAGCCUGCUCUUGCUAGCUCGCUCCCACACCGGCUCUUUCACUUUCUGCUCCUGGCAUCAGUUACAGACAUGGGUGAUCAAGCACCCGUACACUUCAGUGCAGAAACACCCGCAUCGUGCCACGGAACUGCUUCGGCCACACCACCACGCCCAAGCGAUUAUUUAAAAAAGCUGGCCAUUCGUUUUGAGUCGCGGACCCUCUGUACCACAGAGAUCUGGCAGAGCCAAAGUCACUGGCCAAUCAGAAGACAAGUUUCUGAGGGUCAGCAGCUGACGUGAUCACAGGCGCCUCACAGCAGCUUAACAGUUCAGGGCGACAAAACCGAGCAUCAGUGUGUACUGCGAACAGAUGGCUUUGUGCUGCAGGACUGACAGGAUGAGUGGCAGCAAGAAAGCCAUCCCUUAAAGACCUUGAAAUGCCAGCCGUGGACUACCGCAGACUGGAAGAAAGUCUUAUGGAUCGAUGAAUCCAAAUUUGAAAUCUUUGGUUCAUCACCACCGUCGAGUUGGUGACAGGAUGGUUCCUCGGUCUGUGACACCAACUGUCAAACAUGGAGGAGGAAGUGUGAUGGUCUGGGGGUCAUUUUCUGGAGGCUGAGCUGGUGACUGGCAUUGUGAAUCACAAGGGUUACCACAGUUUGGCUGUUACAUCAGUAAAAGGUGCAGGACACUCUGAUAAAUCGAAGAUUUGAAUAACAUUUUGUGCACUUAAUGAUUCCUUGAUUUAUGUUUUAUUGUUGCCAUUGUUUCGAUUUCACAAAGCAUUAAGAUAGUAAAUUGUGUGCAUUUCUAUAAACAGUGAAGAAGCUGAGGUGUUCUUAAUCUUUUGACCAGUACUGUACAUGUCCAUAAUGGGGUGGGGGGGGGGGGGCUUCAACUCGGAAAGUUCUUUUUUGAUAUUAGUUUUUGUUUUUUUUCAUUGGAGCCUUCAGGUAAAAAUUACAAUUUAUCUCUCAUUA